AGACAUCUCCAUAACCAAUCCACAAAGUAUAGCAGGAUAAAUACAGGUAUUCCUUCCUGUAGCUUAUGCGUUGUCUAGCAUUGAGAGAGCUACUGUAUGCUAUUCAUAUGACCAGAAUAUUCCCUGCUACAAUUAGUUUAAAGUAAGUUUUGAAAAUGCAUUGAUGUUUUCGUUUUGAGGGAAAAUUCGACUGAGAGAUCAUUUUGUUAUGAAUAUUGAAGCUUCAGAUCAUCCGAAGUCAAAAUUCAGCGCUGCUGUAAGGGCUUUCGCUCAAUACGGCUAUAAAUGUAUGAUUAGGAAGACAAGAAUUAAGAGAAUUGUUGAUUCUCACUCUUCGAAGUCAAACUACCGGCGGCAGAUGCUCUGCCGAUCACAUAUGAGUGUGCCUUGCUAGUUAGGUCUAUUUGAGUGGAUGUUCAUGGGAAAUGAUAUUCAAGUAUUACACCCCCAUUUUGCCUUAUUCAGAAUUGUUAAAUUCGACCUGUUUACUGAAAGAAACGAAUCGAAAACCUCAACAAUGUUGCAUAAGAAUUGUGUAAGUGGCUAGUAUUGAAAAGUUGCACUAAAGCAAGACUAUGGAUAUGAAUGGACUUUCUUUUAUGGAAAAUGCUUCAUUCCAUUCCUCAGUUAAAACCUCACGAGCAAGUUUCAAAUCCCUUUUCCGUCAUAAAUUUGCCUUGCAGAUAAAAGGAGUUGAUUAAUUCUUAGAAAUCUUGAACUUAAUACGUUCCUUAAAAUCGAGAAACUGCACAAUUAUUUUUCUUUAGAGGAGUUUAGCAUUCCUAAAAAAUGAGAGAGCUACUGUAUGCUAUUCAUAUGACCAGAAUAUUCUAUUCUACAAUCAGUUAAGAGUAAGUUUUGAAAAUGCAGCAAUGUUUUCAUUUUGAGCAAAAAUUUCCAUUUUGUUUGAAAGAGGUUGAGAUCAUCUGAAGUUAAAAUUCAGAGCUGCUUUAAGGGCUUUCGCUUAAUACAGUUAUAAAUGCGUGAUUCUUAAGAGCCAAUGUCAGCAUGCAUCAAACAAACAGCGGCAAGUCACCCAAAUUUGUUUUCCCUCCUACUUUUAUAUUUUGUAGCCCAAUAUGUUCUUAUAAUUUUGGUGUAGUUUUUUUGUAAAAAUAUAUUUUAGUUUUCGAGAAAUAAUUUUUUUCGUUCGACCGCUCCAUGAUAUGCAAAUUUUCACCGUGAAUAUUACCCGAGUUGUGUGACCUCAUGUAUCAAAUGUAUUAGACUUACGGUAUUUCUGUGAACACAAUCCUUUGUUUCAUCAUCUAAACUUAAUCCCCUGUCGUUAUUGUAGCUGCCAAGGAAAUAUUUAUUUUUUGGUGAAUAUUUUUGUCCGACAUACUUUUCCUAUGUCGAAAAGUAGCAUCAAAACAAAGACAGUUUUAACAAUAACCGAUAUGACACAAUCUACUGAGCUUCAAGCUUUUAAAAGAGCAAAGGAUGGUUAUAAAGUUACUGUAAAAAUUUCCUUGUGUAUUUGCGUUGUUCUAUCAUGAGACGAACUCAAAGUCCGGCAAAAUUUACUUGAUAGCGACUAUUAAAUGUACAUGAUGCGCCUACUUGUCGCCACCGUUAACUGGCAUAAAUCACUACAACUUGCAAAAACAUCUAACAUAACACUCUUAUCUUGUUUAUUUAUGAUUUUAUUAGCUGUUUCGAUAAUCAUGUUAAUUAUGCUCUACCACAUUCUAGCCACAUUUCAGUUCCAGUUUAUAUAUCUUCUCUAACUUAUUAUAUCAGCUGCGUGACAAGCGUGACACAGAAAUUCAAAUAUGAAUCAACCUCCGAAAUACCAAGAGAUGGGUUUUUUCCUCUUUGCAUGACAUCUAGAAAAACCUUUCAGGAAUUGCUGCAUUCAGAAAACUAAAAUGUCCAGAUCCAUCAAUGAUUCCUUUGCCGGCUGAAGUCAAAGUGUGGUUACAGUGGUCAAUUUGAUUGACAAGCCACAUACUAAUUUAGCCAACUGAUCUGUUUUAUAAGCGUCUCAUCUUACAUGCUAACAUGGAGAUUUGCUAUUUAGUUAAAUCGUUCGCUGGUGGAACUUGUGGGUUUAGUUAUCGAGACCAAGUCGUUCCCUUGCGUGAUUGUUAAAAAGACAUUUCAUGUCACUUGCGGAGUUGCAAGUUUUCAGAUCCAGAAAAUGAAGUUGAUCUUGUUUUGUCGCGUGCCGGCAUCUUCUAGACGCCAAAAGAUAUCGAUGAUUUUACAAAUUGCCCCACUCACAGAUCAAAUCUCGGUGUUGGUUGGAAUCGUAGUUCCAAUAGCAGAUGUAGGGUGCCAAAAGAAAUGCUCGGCCAUGGUAAAGGUAGGGUUAAGUCGAUUCCAAAAGCUGAUAGGGGAAUUAGCAAGCGUGUAUCACAGAUAGUACUCAAGAUGUCUGGAAAAUUCAUACAAACUGGCUUCGGCAAGUAGGCUACUUACCACCGUGAGCAGAAUUACGCGUGACGUCAGAGUUAAGUCUCGAUUGGGAAUUUGUCAAUAGGCUACCAAAAAUUCAGACAGAGGCGGAGUUUUCUGAAGUAAUGUCUGAACACUUUGUUGGCUUUCCGCCGUAUGGGGGGACGCGUAAUUAUGCACACGGUGGUAAAGGGCUCUUCCGCACUAGCGACUAGACGCUGACAAAACAUGUUUCUCUUCGCCAAAAUCACAUCAGAAUUUGUCCUUGCAAAAUGUCAAGUGUGCUGCACGUAUUAGCACCCCCAGGGGGACCCCUUUACAUAAGAGGGCGGGGGAAAACGAUCGCUAUAGAGUUAUAAAAGGUGCUUAAUUCUUAUCCGUGUGGGAGUGGCAACAAUUAGCCUGUAAAAACAAGUCUUUCUGUCCUUUUCUGUCUUUUUCAAUGCUUCCCUCGCUCCUACAGAGGAUUCAUACAAAUAUGAGAGCCGUGCUGCGUUUACAUUGUACAGGUAGAAAAGGUUGUCCAGAAUGAGUGUUUCGUUCUGUAAUGAAAAUCUCAAUAAACUCACUCAGAAAUGACUCAUUUUGAAUACAUUUUAAGCUGGUUAUUUUGUGGCAACCGGUAUGAACUCGUUCUUGUACAAAACUCAUUGGGAUAUCAUGUAAAAGGCCCCUAAAAGUUUUUAUUCCCAGAGCAUCAUGCUUUGCUCGCAACAACCCGCUUUUAACUGCUUCGCUGUCGCUGAAACAACGAUUAGUGAAGAAAGCACAUAUUUUGAUAUUUUCAAUUCAACGUAAACAAAAUCUUUAUGAAUGGGAAUAUUCACUUGUGUCGGUAUCAACUUUUGCGUGACUAGCUUAUGAUAUAAAUGAGGGAGGGGAAAACACAACGCAAAACCUGAGCUCCUGUCAAAAAGUAAUACCCAGACGUAAUAUAAUAAUUGAAGCGGUUAAUAAAAUCAUAAAUAAACAAGAUAAGAGUGUUAUGUUGGACUUUUUUUCAAAUUGUAGUGAUUUAUGCCAAUUAACGGUGGCGACAAGUAGGCGCACCAUGUACAUUUCAUAGUCACUAUCAAGUAAUUUUUGCCGGACUUUGAGUUCGUCUCAAGAUAGAACAACGCAAAUACACAGUAACUUUAUAACCAUCCUUUGGUCUUUUAAAAGCUUGAAGCUCAGUAGAUUGUCUCAUAUCGGUCAUUGUUAAAACUGUCUUUGUUUUGAUGCUACUUUUCGACAUAGGAAAAGUAUGUCGGACAAAAAUAUUCACCAAAAAAUAAAUAUUUCCUUGGCAGCUACAAUAACGACAGGGGAUUAAGUUUAGAUGAUAAAACAAAGGAUUAUGUUCACAGAAAUACCGUAAGUCCAGUUCAUUCGUUACAUGAGGUCACACAACUCGGGUAAUAUUCACGGUGAAAAUUUGCUUAUUUGAGCGGUGGAACGAAAAAAGUAAUUUCUCGAAAACUAAAAUAUAUUUUCGCAAAAAAACUACACCACAAUUAUUAGAACAUGUUGGGCAACAAAAUAUGAAAGUAGGAGAGAAAACGAAUUUUGGGCGAUUAGCCAGAAUAUUUCAAAUUUGUUCGAUGGAUGCUGACAUCCUCUCUUAAGAAUGCAUUUAUAAUUCCUGAUUAUUAAGACAAGAAUGGGAGAAUUGUUGAUUCUCACUCUUCGAAGUCAAACUACUGGCCUUAGAUGCUCUGCAAUCUCAUACAAGCUUACCUUCCUAUUUGAGUCUAUUUGAGUGGAUACCAGUAGGAAAUGAUAUUCAAAUAAAUGAAUACACCUCCAUUUUGCCUUAAAUUCCACCUGUUUACUGUACGAAAAGAAUCGAUGGCUCUCUGUCAUCAUUCUAUAGUGCCUGUAUACCUGGCAAGAAAUGUUGUUAAAAGACAAAAUUGGCAUCAAGCAAGAAUUUUCUGCAUAUGUGUUUUUAACUUAUUUAAGUGUUGGAAAUAGCAUAUUUGCAAAAGCCAUUCAGGUAAAGAACCCCCUAAAUCCUAACCCAAAGCAAUAUUAUAAGUUAGUUGAUAAUUUCCUACUACUUUGGUGGUCUUACUUUUUAAGUAGAGUAGUUAUUUAGGAGUAGAAAACGUUAGUUUAAGUUCAGCAUUGACCCAUUUUGCUCUUUGGCAAAUAACUGACGUUAAUGUUGCAAGAAGUGAUAAAAAACAUUAAACUACUUCUCCCGUUUCCCCCUUCACUUCUUUCAUACUCUAGCUGCUUCACGCAUGCUUUACAACAGAACAGCGCACAGUCAAGGCUUCUCUAUUUGUUAAAUAUUGUUUAAUUUAAUAUUGUUUAAUUAAAAAUAAUUGUGGCUUUUACAUUUCUUAUGUUGAUUCACUUUGGCCUGACACCCUAUGAAGUAAAGGAAAAUAUUCCCCUUUCAAAUAACACUUCAAAGGUGUGUGCCUCAGCUGGGGCCACCUGGGUGCUUGAGGUAUACAGCGCCCUUAGUAUUUCAAUCAUUUACUGUGAGCUGCACAGGUACGGGCUUAGCUUUUUCAUUUAUUUACAUUUAUUUUUCCAAGAAUCUUGUUUAUCUGGCCUUUGCUGAAUUUUAAUUUUUCAACCAAAUUUUAUACUCUUUUGAAUAUUCUUAAAUCUUGUAGCAUCAGUUAAUAUUCAUGUAAUCAAAUUAAUUACACGAAGUCUUGCAGAUGUAUGGUACAUUAAUUUUUCCUCUGACCCUACUGAUGUUUUAUGUGUAAGGACUGGUAGUGACUCUAAAUGUAUAGUCAAAUAAGAGUUUUGUGCACAGCGUAUGCAUCAUAUUUAUAUAGUGAAAUAUUGUAUCCUUCUUAAAACUAGUUUAUCAGAAUAACAAUGAGUUAUCAAGAAUAGGUAUAGCUUUUCACAAUGAUAGUUUACAUUGGCUUCCUACAUGGAAUAUUGGAACAUUUCUUUAACGGUAAAUCGUGGACAUUUGAGGAGUUCAUGUAUUAAUUUAAACGUUCUCUGUUUUAUGAUCUGUAAGAUUUGGCAGGAAUGUUGACGUUCGGUAGGAUUCCUGCCAUCUGGUUUUUAGCACACAAUAACUGAAUCACUCCCCAAAACGCUUCGCCCAUUGGAUUGAAAACUGAAGCUGUUUGCUUCAUCUUUUCUGGUUCAGAAAUCAGCCAUCUUUGCUGUUGGGCCAAAUAUCGUGUUGUUUUAUUGAAAUUCCACACGCCCUAAAGGUUAGCUCGUGCGAGACAGACUGCUCCCCAGAAUUGAGUUAGCUUCUUGAUCAUGAAACAAAGGGCGAAAUCUAAUUUCCCUUUCCUCUACUUCCUUAUGAAAGCUUUUGAAAGGCUUUUUAAGCAAUCACAACGACAGCCGACGCUAUCCCGCAUCAACAGAAUCCAACUGGAGUAGGUCGCUAGUAGGUUUGGGAAAACCUUUUUGAAAACCUUCUUAAAUGAGAUGCAAAUGCUUUCCGAAUGUAGCAUCGUCAUCUGUUAAAAAGGUUAUCGAUGCCCUAGAAUUUGUGUUUUGUUUAACCUUUAUUUUAAUGCAGGCUUAAUGAUCGAAAUUACAAAUUAAGCAAACCAUGAAAAUUAAAACCUCGUGAUCGUCUGACAAGAAGUAUCUUACGGACUUUCUUUCAAAAGAGCAGCGAAGACGAUGAAACAGCACUUAAAAUUGCCUAAAUUGCUAUAAAUACAUUAUAAGACAUUAGGCGACCUGUUUUAUGAGGUUGGCAAGGUUGCAAGAAAUUGAAACAAAGUUGCAAAUGGAGAUCCUUUUAUGAUUUAGAUAUAUUCUUUCUUUUUUUGGUAAAUAUACUACUUCUGGCGGCUGGUGUGUCUGCUGAUAGUGUCCACAGCUGAGAGAUUGUGAGGUUCCCAGCUUCGAGGGAAAAUGUGAAAUUUUAAGGACAAUAUCUCAAAAAGAGACAUUAUCAGCCGACGUACCAGCGAGCCAGAAAGGAGUUUAUCUAUUAAUAACCCUCCCAUUGAUUUUUCAAUCACGCGAAAACCGCUCAUGAAAAAGGCCAGUAUUAAGCUGAGGGCUGAUGCUGGCCAGCUUAUUAAUAUGACCAUCACUGAACUCUAUAAAAGGAGUUUGUUUUUCUUCCGUGUGAAAUAAUUGAGAAAAAACUUUUUUAAUGGCUUUAUUUCUUUUCACAUAAGUUAUUGAAGGAUGAAUAACGACGUAGACGGGGAUUACUGCGGGAUAGCUGUCCAAUGAUUUUGCACCACGUGACGUAAAGUAGCCAAUAAAAUCGCACAAAAUGGGAGGGUUAUAUAGUAUAAUCGAACUCCUGUUAAACAAAUUGACAAACAAAUCAAGGAGCCAAGCAAAAGGUUUUACUGUAAUACCGGCUUUCUCAAUUAGCUAACCACAAAAAUUGCCAUAAAAUACUUCUAGAACCAUCAUAAUACAGUUUAUAAAACUAUAAAAAGCUAGUCGACGACGUUUGGACGUUAUGGUAACGUCGUUAUGAAGUCAAAAAAUUGCAAAAUUAUUUGGCUAUAAAUAGUAAAAACAACAAUAGGUAGUAAUGAAGACGUUUAAAAAAAUAAAUAAUUUAAAACUAAACAAGUUUUUUUAAAAUGUGUCAUAUUGGUUUUAGAGGUAUUUUAUCGCAAUUUUUAUGAUUUUUUUUAUGAUUAAAUUUUUAUUUUCAUAGUUAAAAGUUUUCUAUGACGCUUCUUCCUCUCCGUUUAUUCAAUUAUCAUUCAAUGAUCACUCAACGAUCCUCAAAUGCCAUAGCCAUAGUCUUGCAGUUGUCUUUAAUAUGAAAAAAAGACUGAAUUGCAAUUGUCAAGAUCUCCAGUACUCAUUUUUAUCCAUAUUUUCUGACAUUUUUACUUUUCCUGAUGAAUACAAAACCAAGCGAGGAGUGCGGUCAUUCACAUACAGUUCGCUUAGGGCGCAACAACAUAUAAAGAUCGUUUUGUUCCGCAACAUUUUCUAAACCGUGCCAUCCACGUGCAAGUCCUAACACUUAAACUUAAUGAAAACAACUGCCUGGGGUGACGGGUUUGACAAUUCUUUCAAUUUGUUUUAGGAAUCAAGAGAUGGCAACCGCAGGAUCAGCUGUAUCGAGUAGAGAACAGAAGUGGGAGGAAUUUAGAGAAACAGUACAGAAAGUUAAAGGGGAAUUGAGCUACAAAAUUCAUAGCUUAACGAAAGCCUCAAAAGAGUUUGAAGAGAUCCGUGAUGGGUACUGUAAGAAGUACUUCAGUGAAUACUCUCCCGCAUCAGAGACUACUGAGCAGCCGCAGAGUGGCUUAAAGCGAGAAGUGGAUGCGUUGGAGGAAGACCUAAAAAGGGCAAAAUCUGAAGACGUAACCAUUGUGUUUGUGGGACAUACAAGCACUGGAAAAUCAUCCUUGAUAAACGCCUUACUUCGAGACGACUGUCUUCCCACUGGAUCAUUUACAUCAACGAUGUGCAUCUUCGAAGUUCGUCCUACAGAUAAGAAACUGUGGAGCGUUAUUGACACCGUUAGUGGAACCAUACUCACCGAAGCAAUGAACAAAGAAGAAGUAAAGGACUAUUUAGAUGCACUGGCUGAUGACAAAAUUGUGGGAGAAAGAGAGGAGCAAAAUAUCAGCUCUGAGAGUGUAAUACAGGUAAAUUGGCCCCGUUACCUCUGCAAUCUACCAGAAGAUAUCGUCCUGGUAGAUACACCCGGUUUAGAAGAGAAUUACGAAUGCUACCGAGCUGUCACUAACUCCUGCAAGGAGGCAGAUCUAAUUGUGGCUGUGAUAGACUUCAUGUCACCUUCCUUUAUGAGUGUAAGUACUGUAUACACGGUUCAAAACUUAGAUGGGACAUCAUAAUAGUAUUUUGGUGCGGGGGCAAUUAAAACUUAUCAUGGUGCAUCGUUUAUUAAUCUUAUAUCGAUCGUUUUGAUUUUUUUUUUUUUUUAAUUAAAUCAGUGAGAUGAAAAGAGGUGAGGUGAAAAGAGAUACUACUUCAGUUUUUUUUUAAAUCCACAAAACUGUCUGUGCAUCUUUUGGGAUUAUGUUAUUACAUUCAAACACUGAAAUGUAAAGGAAUAAGAACAGAGGUGUUUUCUCAGUCACUAGCGAUUCUAGUCCAUCAAAAGUUUGUCUAAAAUAAAGGCAGACCAUAAGAGGUGGAGGUUUUGUUCGCUGUUUAAUUGAUAACGCUCUCGGGUCGAUAUACUAAAAUAAAAUACCAAAAUAGCACAAAAAAUAAAACAACAUAGAAAAACAACAAAAAAAAUUGUUCGCUACAUUAUUAAAUUUCGCUUCGAAGAUUGCAGAUGUGCUAAAGAAGAAGAAGUACCAGUUCAAGUUUGGAGUCUUUCCAAAGUGGGAUGAAGUCAUUAAAAAAACCAAAGAAACGAAGCGGCAACAAGCAAGAAAAAAAAACAAAGAGGGAUUCGAAGGGUCGGUGGAAGGCGACAAAGAGGUUUAUUUCGUUGAAGUAGAGAAUGCCUCCGUAGCGAUGGUAAGUUUUGUAUUUGUGUAUUCUGGCAAUCUAAUUGAAGCAACCUGAAACCGGAAAACGAGGCAAAUCUAGGUACUGGAGUAUUCUGUAGGUGACAGACGCUUAUAAGUUGUAAAAUCAGUUUGAAGAAGGAAAUUGCUCAGGAGAAACGAAGGGAUUCUGCAUAGACAACAACUGCCAACGAAUACAUUAACCAAUACAUAGAAAAUGUUAUUUUUAACAUGACUUAAACACAGCGCGCACUCUGAUCGGUCAAAAAUCUCUCGUAUAUUUGUAGUAGAUAUAUCGAAACCCGUUUUCAAAAACGUCCUACACUAAAGAUGUACUCUAAAUUUAUAUAAUUUUCUUUUUUUCUCAUCAUUUCGUCGUGAAUGGCAACGUGUUUUGUCUCAACUUAAUUAAUUACUAUAGCAAACACGGUUCUUGGAUCUAAACUCCCGCCUUUGAUUGAGGCCAACAGGGUAAAGCGUAAACAAUUGGCCAUUCCAAUUCGCCUUCCUAGCUUGAAGCAAUCGAUCAAUAUUAACGGCGUCCUCCUCGCUCGUGACUUUUUUCAGAUGGGUGUAAAUGGAGUGAUGGCUAUCACGGCUAACGGUUAAGAAUUGCCCACAUUACGGUUAACGGUCAUAUCACUCCAUUUUGUCACCAGACUUUUUUUACGCUUAACUUUUUACGUCUAUCGGCUAAAAUUUUGUUGAUUUCUACUCCUAACGAUUAAUAUUUUGUUUGCCGUUUUACGGCUAUCGGUUAACCCCAUUGAGACUAUCUUUCCAUGACAAUGAAGCUAAUUUGGGAAAUGUCAUGUUCAAUAAGGAUGAGCACCAGGUCAUUUAUUUCCUUGUUAAUGAUGACGCGUGGUUAAGAAAAUAGACUCUAAACUCCGUUGCCGUAAAACCCACAUGUUGUAAGUAAUUGAUUGCACCACGUCAUGUAAAUAACAUAGUUGGACGAGCAUGUUAAUCUACGAUUGAACAUAUAUACGGCCUGUGCCAAAGCUCAGAAAACUAUUGUCUUGAAUCCAAAACUUCUCGCAUAUCUGGGAGCAUUUUAAAAUACUCUCCUAUUUUAUUCCUUUUCCGGGUCGAACCUACUUGCACCGGAAAAAUUUGAGGGUGCUUGAAUGUCUUUGAGGUUUUUGGUUCUACCAUAUGCAGUGAAGAUCGUCAUUUCGUGGAAAAGUUUCCAAGGGAAAAAUGUCUGCUCAAUGAAUAUGCAUUAUCUUUUUUUAUGAUAAAUGCAGCAUUUCGUAUAAUUGUCUUUGUAGGAGAAGACAGAAAGAAAUACUGGAACAGAGGAGUUUCUGAGGUUUGAGAGAGAUCUAGCCGAGAGAGCAAAAUCUGUCAAAGCAAGAAAAGGCAUUUUUCUCGCAAACGAAGCUAAAAACGUCGCUUCAAAACUUGCCAGCAGCCUUAUAAAAUUUAUAUCCACCAUUGAUGAAAGGAAAAAAACCAAAGAAGACCGUUUAAAAAGUCUAGAGAAUAAAAUUAGCAUUAUGAAAAAAGAUCACGAUUUCCUUGAUGCAGUGCACAAGGAAGUGAAAAGUCUCGAUACACAGAUACGCGACCUUCUCUCUAGCGAAGAGAUUGAUCGGUUGAUAAAAGAAUUUGGCAACACAAUGGAGAAUUGUAACAGCGAGGAAAGUGAGGAUCUGGCUCUUAGCGCAUUUUUUAAAGGUGAGAUCCGUGUAAUCAAUAAAACUUUACAGAAACAAAUUCUAAAGGUAAAGGCCGAGUUUCAGAAGUGGAAGAAGGCUCUGGAACUUAACUAUGGAUGUUCAAGAAAUAAGUUACCAUUUCAUGAAGCUAGAGAGGUCGAAGAACCUGACGAUUGCGGCUACGACAGUAAGAGAGAUCCUCACGCCUACAUUACAAGCAACAACCUAUGGGCGGCCGUGUUUGGUUGCUCAGCUGCCGCAGCGGGUGUUGCAGCGGCUGUAGCAAUACCAACAGCAGGUGCAGCUGCUGGUAAGUGACACUACAAGUUAUUGUGCUCAGGUAUACCGGGGGAUGGUGGCAUCUCUUUAAAUGCAAUACAGGUAAUCAUUUCUUCGUUCAGACAUUUUCACGGGGGUGAUUCUGCCCUUUUUAAAGAAUUAUUAAAAUAGCGCUAUCAGAGCAACAUUCCAACCACCAUAGCUACCACCACUAUCACUACUUGCACUUCCAAUACCACCACUUCCACAAAAACUAGCACCACAAUCAGAACCAACGGCAACACUGCCACCACCACGACCACUACUAUCACACCAACCAACCAACUCUUUCAGUUAACAUGUAUUACAUAUCCAUACAUCAAUUGACGCUUUUGCAUUGUCUGUGACUAAACAAUCAACCAGCUUUUUUGAUCAAUUAACAAAUUAGCCAAACUUCGUUCCGCCCUGGGUCAAGUGAUCAUAACAGCUUUAAAGCAGUGAAAUUCUUCCUCCCCUAGCUGAGUCGUCAACUAGCCAUACUUAUUUGACUACUGGAGUAUGCUUUCUCAAGGUCUGGUUGUGUUCUUUAAGUACUAAGGCAUGGCUAGCGGAUCACCUUGCAUGGUGUCCUGUGACGGAUCAAUAGUCUUGAAGGGCCACUGUAGGUGUUGAUUAUGUACUUACACAACUCUAUAUUUACAUACAUUUUUGAUAUGAUAUUACAUUAGUAAUUAUGAAAAUGAUAAUGACCAGGCAAGGAUAAUUAUGACGACAGUAGUAAAAGAAGUAAUAAUAUUCCUUGGCCACUGUCUAUUACAAAUAUUGUCUUCUGAAAAGACCCCACGUAUUGCGCUCCCUUUACAAGCUAUGAAACCUUGGGAAAGGUUUAUCCGGGUUAAUUUAUGGGUUCAUCGUUAAGAAGAACGUGUUUGUAUGUAUAACUUUUAAUUGAGAUGAAUGGAUGAUGUAAGAGGAAAAAACUAAAAUUUAUCAAUUGUCUUAUGAUAGGAUGGUUAUUAUUUUUAUUAUUACAGCGAUUGUCACAGCAUUAGAGACGGCAGGAGUAUCUGUUGCCAGCAAAGGAUUUGCCGCGGCAAUUGGAAGCUUGGGAUUCGGAACUACUCUGGGUUUUUCAAAGUUGGUGGAAAACGUUGGAGGUCUCGGAGUCGGGCAGAAAAUAAGACGUGUUAUUGGGCCGAGUCAAAUGAAGAAGGGUAAAAUUGAACAUCAUAUACGGACAGUGUUGGAGGAGUUGAAAGCACAAUUUGAAAACUUCCAGAGGUCAGUAUCAGAGAUUAUGACACAAAACUCUGAAUCAAUUUUGUCACACAUAGAAAUGGCAAGAGAUGGUUCGUCUCAAGAAAUGUCAACGCUGGAAAAGGAAUUACAGCAACUUCAAAUAUGGUCACAGAAACUACGUAAAAUCACAAAUCGCGUGCAGGUUGUCGGGAAAGAACUUGACGAGGUGCAGCAUGGGUAAGUGUUGCAAACAAAAAUGUCCCACUAUGACAAGCUUUAUCAGAUCGGGAAGUUCAGGUAAAAAGAUAGUCAGGAACGUCUUAAGUUUAAACGAUUACACUUGAAGUUGUCUCUGCCACAGUUUCUAGAUCGCGCAAGCCAAGAUUCCUUAUUUCUUGCGGUUACAAAUUAUGAAAAAAGGGAAGUUCUGGCGACGGCCAGUCACCAGAUGUUAGAAAAGUGAAUGGUAACAUAGCUAUGGUCAGUAGUUAACUUUGAAUAUGUUCAUGCUUCGUUUCCUUGGGAAGGAGAGGGUAAGCCAUACUAACUUGUAUUCCUAGUCAUUCGAUCGUUCAGUCGGUUAGACGAAUCCCAACAAAUUUUCUUUCUUUGCGACAUUGAGUGGAAGUGAUUUCAACUAAGGGUUUUACAAAGAGUUCUUUUCAAAAACUAUCGCUUUCAUCUUUGAAUAUCUUGGUUACUAACCAAUUGAUAAUCGCACCACUUGAUGUUUCUUUCCCGAUCUCUCUGAAGACCAAACGUACUAAAAGAAAGAAAAAACCCACAGGCGAAUGUUUCUUGACCGAAUUUGUCUCAGGGAUAUUUUAGCUUUCAAGUGAAAGAUAAAAUCAUGCAUGCACAUUCUUUGAAAAAACGUGAACUAAUGUCGGAACACCGUCUAGUUGUUUUUAAGUUAGUAUCUAGGUAAUCCAUUCGUUCACCCAAGAGAGUCAGAUCUAAGAAAUAAAUUACUUUCAAUUGUGUUCUUCAGGUUGAAAGUCAAUGCCUCAGUUCUUUCUGAUGACCAGACAGAAAACCAGUCAUCCGUCCAAAAAGCUGUAUACAAGCCCUACACUGAAAUUUGAGAGUAGUCCGUGUUACUCAGCAACACGUCAUUGUAGUUUUACCGUAAACUAACUGGAUUUAAUUCAAAUUAAUUUUCUUGUUAAUGGUUCAUGAAGAAAACAACCAGUAGAGCACUUAUUCUUCUUACCCAACAAAGCCAUUAAGACUUUGUUAUUAUAUUUUAACCUUCGUUGGGCUCAUCACACCUGACGGCUCAUUUCGUUUGGUAUUCAUUACUAGUUUUAGGGAAAUAUGCAGGAGUAGAAUGGCACAUUUUCUUCAGUAGCACUUACACUUGGUCAGCAUAAAUACGUUUUGUAAAUAACCAAUCCAUAUCUUUUAAUUUCAACUGAUUUCUCUGUACAGUAAUGCUUAGGCCAGCCAGUGACAUGUAAGUCAACUCUUACUGUCAACUCUUAUUGUUCAUGAAAUACGUUAGGCAAAAUUAUAUAUAUUCUCCGAGCGCUUUGCCUCAUCAAAACGUCGUUUUUCACAGACACUUACUAACUUCCCUGUCUGUCAUUAGGUCAAGAUAUCGAAGAGGAUGGUGGUCAAGUAGAAAUAGUAGUACAAAUUCGCGAUAAAGCGAAAGCAAAGCAACAAAACGUAUUAACCUUCCGGUUCACAUUUUCAAAGCCCCAUUAAUUAUAAACAAAUCGCCCUUAAGGCGAAUUUAGUACUUUACUUAAAACAAAUAACACAGGGUGUCUGAAAUAUAUAUGAUUAUUAUGCAUAUUCAAGGCCCCAUUUACUGAUAAAUAAAUUCUUAGUAACCUGAGCCUCUCUGCCCAAAGUAUUUACAUGUUGUAAGUUCUCUGUCUCUGCCUGGUUAUAAUUGGAUACAAACUGGAACACUUUUAAAUAUGCCAAGAAAAUAUCAAUCGCAAAAUGUUUUGAAUGAGAAGACAGACACUGAAAUUACUUUCAUACUAUAUCCAAGCCAUACUUGCCAUGCUUCCUCCAUUAGUGAUGUAAUACCGGGUUUACCACACACACGUGUACCGAAUAAUUGCUGUACAAACAGUGAGAUCGGUGAUACACCCACCGAAUGAAAAUUGAGAUACACACUGAAGGAACAAAUUUUGUG